AUGAAACAGGAACAAGAAGAGCGUAAGUGGAGUAGUCAGAGCGGAGAAAUGAGUUUGAAGCGGGCACUGUGGGUAAACGACCGCUAUGCCGUGCGCUGUCGUGGCUGUGAUGCCCGCUUUAACUUCGUUCGGCGCCGCCACCAUUGCCGCAACUGUGGCCAGGUGUUUUGUAGUGAGUGCCUCAUUUCAUCGUCGACCACGUUUAUCGGGGAAAUCUUUACAGAUGUCGUCUCGUCCAUUGUCGGGCUUCAGCGAGACCCCCUUCUAAAGGUCUGCCAUGUGUGCGACCGCAUUCUUCAGGAGCGUGGCAUAGGGAGACAAAGAAGUUGGCGGAGGGUUCCUCCGCCACGAAAAGGGAUUUCAGAUAAGCCGACAGCAAAUAAAACGGUCGUGAAGCAUGGGCGGGAGGCGGCGGUGGGCCCCGGCACCGCCACUACGGUGGAAGUGGUCUCACUGGGUACCACACAAAGGGUUGAAUUGCCCCCUUCAGUGGGAGAAGGAGUGGGAGUAAUUUCCUCUUUCUCCUUCGAUGAGGGUUGUGCCACUCCCUUGAGAAGCGGAGUCCCGAGUCUUUCUGUGUAUCGGCCUUCCCAGUCACGUCUGCCGACGCAUCCUGAAGAUCCUAAAGAGCAAGAGAUAUCCUACGGGUUGACAGAUACACCAGUUUACAGCCGAAACAGCAUGACGGAUCGGAUGAAUAAAUUUCUUAAGGAAGCACGCAAAUUUCGGAUAAAUGAGUCUCCAGAAAAGUCGCAGAGUGACCUUUCCACCCGCACAUACACGCCUCACCCCAAGGCGACCUUCCGAAUUGCCGAUGCUCGGUCAUGGCAAGCACAGUUCGCAAAUGUAUUUUCCAAGUCCAUCUUAAAAAGGAACCUUCGGCGUCUUGAAUCACAAAGUUCGUAUCAUUUAAUUAAGCGUGUCUCAAGGCUUUUUAUGAAGGAGGAGGUGUUAUCGUCUUUAGGGGUGGAGACUGCAGGGAUGGAUCGCACAAUGUGGAUCGCCGGGUUGUGUGAUAUAUCGUGGCGGAUAGUGUCGCAAUUGCCUAUAGUCCUACAUGAGCGUAUUGAGCAACAUUUAGAUGUUAUUUGUAUAGCCGAUGGGCAGUUUGUUGAAACGGAAAUUAUCACUGGAGUGGCAUUCAUACAAAAUGUUGCUUUUAAACGAAUGAAAACAUAUGUGAAGACACCACGUAUACUUCUCUUAUCCGGUGAAGUGGGUAAAAACCCCAAACCAGGGACGGACCUCUUGGAGUAUGUAGAGGGAUAUGAAGGCCAUUUGGAUACGCAAUAUCAUCGUAUCCAAAUCUGGCGACCCUCCGUUAUUGUUGUACAGGGUAAUAUGCACCAUUAUUUACAGGAUAAAAUUCUUCGUCAAUCAGACGCCACACUUAUCCUUAAUGUUGGGGAAACUAUCAUUCGUCGGCUUUCACGUUGUUGUAAGGCAAAUAUAGUUUCUGACCUGCAGUAUGUAGGUGCCGCAGAAUUGUAUGACACUUCGAUGCUUGGAACUUGUGAAAGCUUUGAAUUAGUGCAUCAUGGUGAUAAGCCUGUAUGCAUAUUCAAGACUCCUCAAGUGCCUUUAUUUACUGCCGUACUCCUUCGUGGAGCUGAAGAACGACAGUUGACAACUGUCAAGCGGGUCUUACUUAGCUGCGCGGCGACUGCACAUCAUCUUGCUCUCGAAGCACACUGUGUGUUUGAUUUGGGUAUGACGUGUGCCGAAUCUUCUCCAAUUCCUGUGAAUGAGACGAAAUCCAAAAGUACCGGCAGUGAUGCUGAUGACGACGAUAAUGUGGAGGAAGAAGAGGAUUAUGAUCCACCAGCGUGGGGGGAAUCAUCGUCGCUAAGCUCUCGUCAUUGGAAGAGUACAUGC